AUGACCUUCAACCCGGAAGCAUCAACCCUCAUCUCUGAGUGGGGCCUCGUCUGUGACAAGUCCUGGUACGUCUCUGUCGUCAUUUCCGUGCAGAUGGUCGGCCUGGCGGCUGGGGCUCUCCUGACUGGUUACCUCAGCAACAGAUUCGGGAGGAAGAUCGUGCUGUACUCUUGGGUCGCUUUGUGCGGUGUGGCCAAUUUCAUCUCCGUCUUUUCCACGUCUGUCGUCAUGUUCGGAGCCAUUCGAUUCUUCAUCGGCCUCAGCGCGGGGGGAAUUUUAUCUCUCUGUCACGUGUACCCCAUGGAGUUUGUCACCGUCAAGUGGCGGGCGUUUGUGGGGGGGUUUCCCGCUUCGUCUACGGCGAAUGUUGUCCUCGGAGUUCUGAUGUUCCUCACAAAAGACUGGCGAUAUCUUCAUUUGGCCACGGCUCUUCUUUGUCUUCUGGGGUUUUUGACAAUCUUCUGGAUGCCGGAAAGCAUGAGGUGGUUGGCAGUCCAAAACAAAACCGUUCAAGCAAAUGCGGUGGGUCGCAAGAUUUGUAAAUACAACAGACGACCCCCGCCGUUAGAGCCGCUGGAGUAUAUUACGCACGCAGAAGUAGAAGUGGGAGAAAAGACAGACGGACCCAGGAUUAGAGAUUUGUUUGGAAGACGGUUCGUCAAGAAAACUGUGUUUGGGUUUAUCCUGUUUUUUACUUUAUCGCUUAUCUAUUAUUCCAUCGGUUUCGGAAUUAAGGCUUUAUUUGGCAACUUUUACGUCAAUUUCAUCUUGUUUUCGGUGUUCUCAUUCCCUGCUUUCCCUUUCGUUCCCCUCUUCAGUAACAGAUUCGGUCGGCGCAAAUCGAUAUCGGCGUAUUUCUGCUCAGCGUGUGUCAUUUCCACAGCUUUAUUUCUCCUCCACUUUAUCGUGGGGCUUGAGAGCUUGGGCAUGGGAGAGACCAUAACAUCCCUGGUCAUCGUGACCACCGUGGAGCUGGCCUGGAGCACCAUGAUCGCCUUCAUGGUUGAGCUGUUCCCGACCUACAUCCGGACCUUGGGUCUGGGCGUGGUGUACACAGGGGGCCGUGUGGGAGGUAUCGUGUCUCCCUUUCUCAUCCAGGGCACGGCGGGGUCUGUGUACGUGGCCUACAUAGUGAUCGCCGUCUGCACCGCUCUCUGCGCCAGCCUGGCUCUGGGACUUCCUGAGACGAGAUACAGGCGGCUUGGUGACAAGUUGACUGGACAACUGACCACUCCACUGGACACGUUGACUGGACAACUGACUGCUCCACUGGACAC